UGCCCCACUGCAGUCAUGUUCAACCUCAUCCGGCGUAUAUCCGGCUCUGUCCUCCCCCGUCCAGACCGUUCGUGGAACGACGAUCCCACGUCCAACGCCCCCGCAACCGGCCGCAAGCGCCGGCUCAGCACCUCGGAACGCGACGAGGAUGCUCAAUUUGCGUCGAAGAGGAGCCGAGGUGGCCCUCCCACCGUCGUAGAGGAAGCGGACGCCGCCAGGGAAGAGUCCCCACGUCCCACGUUAUCAGAGACCGAAGAUGCAAAAACUGAGGAAGAAGUGAAGGAGGUGACGACGGGGGUUAAACACGUAGAGAUUGCUGAAGCAGAGCCGAAGAGCGACGAGGCAGACGAAGAGGGAUUGGCGUCUCAGGCCGCCACCGGACCCUCGGAAUCCCAGGCUGCUAUCGCAGCUGCGCCAGAGGCAGAUGUGGCGAAGGAGGAUGUCAAGGAAAAGACCCCGGCGGUCGAACAAAAGGCGACCGAUGACGCACCAAAGCUCGUAGAGGCGACGGGGGUACAGGAAGAGACUGCCCCGCCGCCUGCAUCGGCCAUCGCUGAACCUCCCGCCGCGUCGAAACCCACCGAAACCCCAGAUCCAACCUCAUCUACCGAAGCAACCCCGCACUCAGACGUGCCUACAGCCGCCGAUGCCACGAAGGAUGCCCCCCGUUCUUCAGACCAUGCCUCAGAGACCGAUCAACAUGACAAGGACAGUUCUACAGACGAAGCUACAUUGAACGGCUGAGAUGGUUCCCUUUACUGUCGUGGUAUAUUGUUUAUUACUCUGUAUCUGUCGCGGAUAUUUGUGCAGCUAUCAC